UCUUGACUGGUGGAUGCCGUGGCGCCGCUGAUUUUUUUCUUCUUCUUUUCUUCAAGUUUUGACUGUCGCCUCCGUCUUUUUUUCUUAACAGGCGAUAUUAAGGUGUGAUUUUCUCUCUGUCUUGGGAAGUGCCUUGUGAUCAUUUUGUGGCCACACGCAGUAUGCACGCAGAGGGGCUGGAAGCUGGCGGAGACUCGGACUGAGAUCUCACAGACACCGUGCGCGCGUCUUUCUCUCUUGGACACAUCUCGGAGAUAACUGUGGUUUGGCUCUCUGCACUCUUUGCUUGGCUCUGCGAUGUCCACAAGGAAGGCAUCGUUGACGGACAAGCAGACUACAAACGGCACGUCAAAAUAUGUGUUGGAGAGAUGCGCUUCUAUUAACGAGUAUUAUGAUAUUUCCUUCAAGGUGAUGCUGCUGGGAGACUCGGCCGUGGGGAAGACGUGCGUCUUGGUGCGCUUUAAAGAUGGGGCCUUUCUGGGAGGCAACUUUAUAGCCACCGUUGGAAUAGACUUUAGGAAUAAAGUGGUGGAUGUGGACAACCUAAAAGUCAAACUCCAGAUCUGGGAUACAGCUGGCCAAGAGAGAUUCCGCAGCGUAACGCAUGCCUACUAUAGAGAUGCCCAGGCAUUACUUCUGCUUUAUGAUAUCACCAGCAAGAUGUCAUUUGACAAUAUCAGGGCUUGGCUGACAGAAAUACACGAGUAUGCCCAGAAGGAUGUGGUCAUCAUGUUGCUCGGCAACAAGUCAGACAUGGCUGCAGAGAGGGUCGUGAAGACAGAGGAUGGAGAGAAGCUGGCGAAGGAAUACGGAGUGCCAUUUAUGGAGACCAGCGCAAAGACAGGAGUCAAUGUGGAGCUGGCCUUUCUCGCCAUAGCUAGGGAGCUGAAGCACAGAGCGACACAGCAGCCGAGUGAGCCCAAGUUCAAGAUACACGACUACAUCGAGUCUCAGAAGCACAAGUCUGGCUGCUGUGGCAUGUAGCUGAUCCUGAUCACAAGUCAGGGAGAGACACAAAUAGAAAGAGAAAGAGUGAGAGAGGGAAGGAGGGAGGAAGGGAGUGAGAAUAUGGUAAAAAAAAAAAAAAAAAGUCUGAUCUCUAACAAAAGCCAGUCCCAGCUCCAAACCUGAGAUGCGGACGUUCCUCCUCUUCACCACUGAGCUUUUAGCUGAAUGAACCUGGAUUGGACGCCAUCCCUUAUCUGAAAUGUGAAAUUAAAUCACUUUUAUGUCAUAUGUAGAGAUGUUUGUGGUCCUUGUGGUGACAGUUGUAUAGACAUAGUCAGGAGUUACAGUCUGAAAUGCUAUAUCCAUCAAAAAGAAAAAAAACAGCACCAUUCUAUACUUGAUAAACAGCAGUUUUAUAUAUGAACAAUCAAUAUGACUGUUGGUGUGGAUAUAGCUUUUUUUUUUUUACCAUGCAGCUCUUCGUUUGUUAUUCAUCCCAGUUUAACCAGGCUGUGAACUGAAUCCCUUUUGGCCUUACAGUCUUCAUCUUUCUUUAGUGUGUUUGAGAUAAGUGGACUUCAGUCUCACAGUCAGAUUGUAGCUAAAAUGAUCCCGUCUGUUCACAUCUGUACUGCUGUUAGAUAGAAUAAAGCCAACGUUUUGAGGGCACUUGCCCACUGUGUGUCUGUCUGUACCUUCAAUUCAGGGCUAGUGAAAUUUCAUUCAAAGUACUGUACCUGUAAAUUUUCUGGAGCAUCAUCCAAUUGUUGCACCCGGAUAUACUCAAAGAGAUUAUUGUCAUUAUUUCUUGAUUAGAGAUUCCUCAGCAUACCUUUUUACCAUGUGUCGCUCACACACUGACACGUGACAAACACAGCCUUCCCUGAACAUCGUUGUGUCUCCUUUAAUGAUUGAUGUUGUUGUCUAGACUCUACAGAAGCUGUAUUUGUUCACGCGCCGCAUCGUGUAACUUUGUUUCUUUGUACAAUGUUCAUUAUGAAUGUUUGCUUGUCGAACUUGCUCAAUGUCACAUUUGUUCCUCUUGUGAGGCGUCACGGUGAUCACAAAGUGCCAUGAAAAAGUGCUUUGUUAUCAUAUUAUAUAUACAUAUAUAUAUAAAAAUAUAUUUUGU